GAUAACUGCAAAUCACAACAAUGGCGGUUGGAAGUGUUGAAAAACUGAGGUGUGAAAACUAGUUAUAUUAUAACUACCAUUAACUACGGUCAUGGAGAGUGAUAAAUGGAAAUUGUGGCAUACAGUGGCAGUUUCUUCAGUAGCAGGACUUCUGUGCUAUUUAAAUUCGCUGUCUGCGGACUUUGUGUACGAUGAUAGGUAAGAUUUUCGUGUUAGUAGGAGGGUAGUGUUGGUGUUGAGGUUUCACAGUUCUUACAGACCUUACAAGUUUUUUUUUUAUCGAGGAUUAACGCCAAGAAGCGACAUCGACAACAAACUUAGUGCCUUUUCGAAAAUGAGCCUUUCAGUUCUUUGGGUUUACUCCCCGAGGUUCUUCAAUCUCUUUUUCACUUUUAGUAAGAAAAUUAUUCCGUGCGAUCUGUGCGCUACAGCGCUUUGCUAGUACACAGCACAAGAUUGUUUAUUGAAAUAAUGUGGGCAACCGAAGGAUCAAAUACAGGUAGGCGCCGAGGGAAAUAAAAUAUCAAAUAAUCUCGGUUUAUGUGCUCAUCACGAAGGUCUGUAGUUAGAACGAAUGCGAUCAGCGAUAAAGGUAUUUUAUGUGUCGCACAAGCAGAAUUUCGAGGAGUUAGUUUUUGAUUAAUAUCCAGAACCGUCAGACUUGUUUAUGUUAGGCCACCCGUACAAAAGAAGGAUUGUUUUAAGUUAAUCGGCCACGGUAAAACUGAUGUACAAAGGUGAUCUAAUGCUGGUUUUAAACACUUAUUUAAAUAAGCUACGCGUAGCUACGCUUGAAAGGAUCACAAAGCUAAUUUUCUCAGAAAUGUAGCACUGUUUGGAAUGUUCUUGUUAUUAAAUGGCGUGAGGCGUUUUCAAAUCUUGUCCUAUAUUUGGCAGAGGAAUCGAUUGUCACAGUAGGAGAGCGCUUCACGCGUUAUUUAAUUUAGUAAUUUUUUUCUCCGAGCUAUUGGAAAUUUUCUGUUCUUGGGUAGUGAGUUGAAAGCUGUUAUGGAACAUUCAGUCAUUUAUUUUAAUCGUUAAAUUUAUGGCGUACUCCAAGACGCUUUUACAAAAACGAUUCAACAACGACAACAACAGAAAAUCUUAACAUUACGGCCCAAGACUUUUACAAACGAAACUUGAUGUCCACUGCAAGAUUGGCACCUCAAGAUUGGCACCUAAUGUACAAGGGCUUAAAAUUGGAGAAGAAAUGAUUAAACUGUCUCUAUUUGCAGAUGAUAUGACCUGUAUCUUAAAAGACAAAACAUCUUAUACAAAUCUGUUUCAUAUUCUCAACUCUUUUGGAGAGUGUUCCGGCCUAAAGGUGAAUGAUGAAAAAACAGAAAUCAUGCCUCUAGGAGAUAAUAUCCUACAGGAGAAAGACUUCCCAACUCAUAGUAUUUGUGAAAUCAUAAAAAUCUUGGGGAUAUAUUUUGGUUAUGAUGAUAGAAAAAGGAACAACCUUAACUUUAGUCAAACUUUAAAAAGUAUAAAGGAAUCAAUCAACGUAUGGAAAUGGAGAGGGCUCUCCCUUUUAGGAAGAAUACAGAUAGUCAAAACUUUUGCUAUCUCAAAGCUUAUGUUCAGAGCUUUGGUUAUACCAGUCUCUAAAGAACUACUUAAUGAGGCAAACUCAGUUCUCUACAACUUUAUUUGGAAUGGGAAAGACAAAGUGAAGCGCCUUGCAUUGAUAUCUGAUAUAGAAAUGGGUGGACUCAAAAUGUUGGACAUUCAAUCUAUGAUUUGCGCUAAACGAAUAACAUGUUUAAAGAAAUUAUUAGAGGAUUACUCAAGUCCUUGGAAAGUAAUCCUAGACAAACUUCUGUUACCAGUCGGAGGACGUUUUGUAUUGCACUGCAACUUUCAGACUUUUAAAUUGAAAAUCAAUCUACCAGCACAUUAUAAGGAAUGCUUCGAUGCGUGGUAGGAGGUUAAUGGGAAGACUCCAAGUUGUUACGAGGAAAUCAUUAACGAAAUUAUCUGGAACAACAAAUUUCUUUGUUAUGACAAAAAAUCGAUGUAUAGAAGAGACAUAGUAAACUUAGGCGUCGUAAAGAUUAAGGAUUUAAUUUCUGCGAACAACUCCUUCUCGUGCGACUUCUCUUCACUUACAAACCCUGAACAAUGAGUAUUAUCAAUUCGAUUCCCGCAGAAUGCUGCUCACUUAUUAAAGCAUCUACAAACGUAACAUCAGCUAAUCCCAUACCGAUUACCCCAACUAUUAAGUUGCCGAGUGGUAAUGUAGUGCCAAUUCUUGAUAUCUCUCCUAAACAGAUCUAUCAAAUCUUUUGGCAGCAAAAGCAAAUUGCGCCCACCGCAAAACAGACACUGGACACAAUGAGUAGCCAUGUUGAGUGUACCCCACCUUCCCCCUCCAAAAAAAUCUUUACCUAUAAAAGGUUUCCUCAGAGGGUUAGGCCCAUCACUUACAUGUGUGACAUGUACAAUAACUACAUCUGGAGCAGAGGUGGAUCUAGGGGGAGGGUGCAGGGGCUGUGCACCCCCCCCCCCUUCCUGAGAUGACCUGCAGUUUUCUAAUACAACUGGUAUUCUGCAAAAAAAAAAAACUAUGUGGUUUAUCGGUGUUGAAGUAGAACAAGAGACGAGUGCACCCCCUCCUAAAAAAAAAAACUGGAUCCACCCCUGUGGAGAGUGUGAUAAUAAAAUCUGGCCCCGGUUGUUCAAAUGUUGGAUAGCGCUAUCCACUGAAUAGAUCACUAUCCAGGGGAUAAGUCCUAGGGAAACCAAUUGCAUUAUCCACUGGAUAGAUUUUUAUCUGGUGGAUAGGGCUAUCCAACGUUAUAGUUUAGUGUAAUAGUGAAUAGUGUUCGUAUUUUUACUGAGACUUGUUUUUAUAGAUAUGUAUUAAUUGUUAUUAGAAAUAAAUUAUUAUUAUUAUAUGGUUGUAUUUUACAUAAUUUUGUGCUGACCUAAUGAAUUUUUUUAUCAUGUUAAAAUAAAGAUUUGAUUCACUUCUCUAUUGGAAACCCAGUUGGGUGAGAUAUUGGAUCUUUUUUCCAUUGCACUAAGUUAAAAACUGGAGGUUGUUAUUAUUUUCAUAUUAUUCCUUGUCCUUAAAUGUCAGUGUUGAUUUAAUUUUCCAUAGUAAUAAACGCUUAUGUUUUAACUUUUUCUUAUUUCUCAGCCGAGCCAUAGUUAAGAAUUGCGAUCUUUUACCAUCAACCCCAUGGAGCAAUGUCCUAUUCAAUGACUUUUGGGGAACACCACUGACUCACAGUGGCAGUCAUAAGUCUUACAGACCGCUGUGUGUGACAUCAUUUAGAAUAAACUACUAUGUUGGAGGAUUAAAUCCAUUUGGUUAUCAUCUUGUGAAUGUAUUACUGCACACUACUGUAUGCUGGCUUGUUGUAAUAUUAUCAUACACUUUGGUCCAUGCCCAUUUUCCAAGUCUUCUGGCAGGACUCCUGUUUGCUGUUCACCCUAUUCAUACAGGUAAGAUUGAUACUGUAUGCUGACUCCAGCUGAUAUGAUAUGCUCAUUACAUGCCUUUUUUUGAAUAAAUAACCAUAAUUAUUUUAUGUUACGAAUGUACUAGGCAGAUAGUUUUACUAUUAAUAAAUCAUAUUAUUAUAAUUUUUUUUUUUACUUAUGCUGCUCCUUUAUUGCUCAUUAUUUGCAUAACCUUGUUAAACCCUAAAUAGACAAAUUGCAACUGUAUGUGUAAAAUACUAUUAAAUCAUAUUUAAUGUAGUUAACGACCAGGAGCUAUGGUCCCGGGUGUUUUUGGCAUUCUUUGGUAGCGCGUUGGUCAUCUGUAGCGUUGUGCAUGACUAUGUUUGCGUUUGUAGCGUUUACCAUUGUUCGUGAGCUGGAGGGCAGAUUCCUGUCCAGCGGUAUGUUGCUUUGGCGCAUGCGGAGGCCACGUGCCUACGUUGGGUUUGCGUUGUACUCGAAGCUUUGUUAGCGUGGCGUGGCAUUCCAGUAGCGUAGCAUUUCUCUUGGUUCUGCCCUAGUUUUGGUUAGCUUGGUUUCCCAGUUCGAGUAGCAUAGCCUUUUCUCGUGGUUCUGUCAAAGUUUUUUCCGGUCGAAGUGGUUUUUCGUUGCCGUUGUUCGUCUUUUUUCCUGUUGUGGUUCGUCCUCUGCUGGAGAGUUUUUGGUUGUCCUCUGUAAUGCCGCGCCCAUCUCGCUCGACCAACAACAGCUUAUCGGCGGGCCUUCCUACCGAAGACCCCCUUCCAUCUACGGCAACGUCUGAAAGUCCUGUGUCGAGUACGGCUUCUAGUUCUUGGUCGCCUCAGUUGGCUGACUCCCUCACCGAGGCUGUGGUUCGGGCAAUCGGAAACUCCAUUCCCGCCAUUAUUUCAUCGAUCCAGAGAAACGCCUCCUCAGGCUUCUUCUUCGGUUCCAGGCGUUUCUGCUAAGCGGGGCUCCACGACCUUUAUUUUCUUCAGCGUCCACUUGGUGGGAGUACAAGUGAUGGUGUUUCUUCAGUGGCUUCAGGUACGUUUACCCCUCCCGCGUUUGUUCCUACGUUUACGCCAGUGCCGGCCAUUACCGUCUCGAGCUCGGCCCGCCCGUGGCUCCUACUCCUCCACUUUCGUAUCGCCCGGCGUUACUAGCGGUCUUCAAGCCUUGAGUCUUCGUUGGCAUCUCCCAAGUCUGAGAAGGCUUUUAUCGUUGGUCCGGGGCAUGCCCCUAUUCCCUCAAAACUAGUGUCAAAAAUUGUAGGUGGCCAGUUUGUCGAGUUGGCAGAUUUGUUGUCCGUGAACCUUCGCGCCGUGGAGCAGGAGCCGCAAACGUUCCUCGAUGGUAAGCUUGUGGUGUCCUCGUCAAAGCGCAGGCAAGUGGAAAUAAAAGACAUUUUGACUUGGACGGAAGCCUUUACUAUUUUUCAGAUGGUGCUGUGCGCGGCUCACCCUCAUCGUUGGCCCGAUCUCUUCAAGUAUAAGCUGCUUAUCAUUCAAACGGCUCGUCAUUUUUCAAGUUCAACCUGGUUAGAGUAUGACCUGGCGUUCAGAAAGGAUGCGGCUGCCUCUGGCCUCAGUGACUGGUCUAGGAUGAACUUAGACCUAUACAACUUUCACUUAAGGUCUCCAGCCAUGGCCUCACCCCCGCCACCUCGGUCGUCUUCUUCCACGGCAUCAGCUCCACUUCCUGCCGCCUCCCGUGACACCAGCCUGGUCCCUCCUUUUUGCCAUUCAUGGAAUGACGGGCAGUGCCGCUGGCCCUUUGGUAGGUGCAAAUAUCGACACCGCUGCAGUAACUGUGAGGGUGAACACACCCAGAUCAAUUGUCCAUUUCCCAACUCCUCUGGCGCACGAUCCCGAUCUCCCCAACCCGGGGGGAGAGGGGGACGGUACUGAAUGGGCAGUUUUGCCCGGUGAGGCUUGUGUACAUAGUGUAAAUAGUUUUGUUGCGUCAUCAGAGGGGCAGCGUGAUCUGCGUUCCUCGGUGAAGCCGUCUUGUUCUGUUACAGUUCCAGUUAGUAUACCCAGCGUUGCAGUUUCUGUUCAUUCUUUCUCGCCGUUAGCCCCAGCCUCCCAGGUCUCUCCACUACGGCCAGCUCAAUUUCAGAUAGAACUUCAGCAUCAUCCAGACCAGGCGGCAGUGGCCUAUGUGUUGUCAGGAUUACGUGAGGGUUUUCGUAUUGGCUUUGAGUCGUCCAUGGUCAAUCUUAAGUCUGCUUCUUCGAACAUGCGUUCCUCCUUCGAACACCCAUUUGUGAUAGACUCCUACUUGCAGACCGAAGUUUCCUCCGGCAGGGUGGCUGGCCCUUUUUCAGCCCCUCCUUUUCCUUCUCUACACAUCAGCCGCUUUGGGGUCAUUCCCAAGAACAAUCAACCAGGCAAAUGGCGUCUCAUCCUUGACCUCUCCUCUCCUGUUGGGCACAGCGUGAACGAUGGCAUUCCCAAGCCUCCCUUCACAGUGCAGUACGUUUCAGUCGAUGCAGUUAUUGAGGGCAUCAUGGCGUGGGUUCGCGGAACACUAAUGGCUAAGUUCGAUGUGGCCAGUGCAUACCGGAAUGUGGCUAUCCAUCCCGACGAUCACCCCUUGCUGGGGAUGCAGUGGCGUGGGAAGUACUUUGUCGAUCUGGUUCUCCCGUUUGGGUUACGUUCAGCGCCAUUUAUUUUCACUUCUAUUGCGGACCUGGUUGAAUGGAUCUUGGUUCAUAAUUAUGGCGUGGACUUCCUACGCCACUACCUGGAUGACUUUUUUACCCUUGGUCCACCGUCAUCCCUGCUCUGCCACUUCUAUUUACUUACCUGUGUUCGCCUUUGCGAAAGGCUUGGUCUCCCCCUUCAUCCUGACAAGGUAGAGGGACCGACGACUUGCUUAACUAUCCUCGGGAUUGAACUCGACUCCGAUAGGCUUGAGGCUCGCCUGCCCACUGAGAAAAGAGACCGGAUUGUUGCCUUACUUGAAGAGUGGUCCACCAAGCGUUUCUGUAAGAGGCGGGAGUUGGAAUCCUUGAUUGGCCACCUCCAUCACGCCUGCAAGGUUGCCCCACAGGGGAGGACUUUUCUUCGUCGGAUGAUUGACUUGCUUUGUGCCUUCCGCCUGGACGAUCAUCCCAUCAGGCUAAACCAAGAAUUCCGUCGGGACCUUAACCUGGUGGCGGGAGCUUUUUCAAACCUGGGAUGGCCUCAGUUUCUUUUGCAUGCCCACGUGGGCGCCCGUCCCGGAUUUCCAAGUCUUGUCGGAUGCUGCAGGGUCACUGGGCUAUGGGGCUAUUUUUAACACCAAGUGGUUUUGCGGCGCUUGGUCUAUGGAGCAACGGUCGUUAUCGAUUGCGUAGAAGGAGCUCUUCCCCAUCGUUGUAGCCGCCGCCUUAUGGGGUUCUCAGUGGGGCUCUCGGCAGGUCGAGUUCCUGUGCGACAAUGAGUCAGUGGUGGCUGUACUUAAGUCUGGCACUUCACGGGACCACCACUUGAUGGGGCUGCUGCGUCAUUUAUCCUUGCUGGCUAUACGCCACUCAUUUAUGUUUACGGCGUCUUCAGUUGACCCACGCAUCUAUAAAAGUAUACCUGUCAGCAGUACGUUCCCUUCACAUCGACCAUGGCUUGUCAGACCCUUUCGUCAACUGCCUUCGUUUGCAGUGUUUACUCAGGGGAAUUAAGCGGGUUCAAGGUCCAGUAUCACCCCGGCGCCUGCCUAUCACCCUGGAUCAUCUGCGGGCGAUUCAACAUCGUCUGGACUUCUCCAGGAGAGACCAUGUGAUGCUGUGGGCGGCAUGCUGUUUGGGUUUCUUCGGUUUCUUACGAGCUGGGGAGUUCACAGUGAAUUCUGCAUUUCAGCCUAGUAUCCAUAUGACUGUUGCUGACCUGCAAGCUGAUUCCCUGGUGAAUCCUUCCUGUUUUAAAGUUCAUAUCAAGUGCUCUAAGACUGAUCCGUUUCGCAUGGGCUGUGAUAUAUAUGUGGGGCGUGGUGAGGGCCCGGUGUGUCCCAUCCGUGCCUUGGGCAACUUCUUGGCUCUGCGUGGCUCUUCUGAGGGUCCUCUCUUUACUUUUUAGUGACGGUCGCCCUCUUACUCGGCAACAAUUGUCAUCCACAGUUCAGUCUAUCUUGCACUCAGCUGGCUAUACUGGCUCUUAUUCAGGCCAUAGCUUCCGUAUUAGGGCGGCAACUACAGCUGCUGCUCGGGAGUUCGGAUCAUCUGAUCAAGACCCUAGGCCGGUGGUCUAGUGAUGCCUACCAGAUUUAUAUUCGCACUCCAGUUAGCUCCAUCAUCCACGUAUCCAGACAGCUGGCUGCAUAGCAGGUAUCUGUACUACCUUUGGGGCUGCCGUGAGGGUGGGUGCCUCAGGUUUGGGCCCUCGGGGCCUGGGGCUCUGCAGCCCCGAGCCCCUGCUCUCGGGUUUCCGACCCAGAGGUUCCUUCGGCUUGGCGGGGGGCUCGUGGCUGGGUUGCGGGUUGGUAGGCCUGUGGGUGUUCUUCCGCCUUGGGGUGUAUUGCGGUUGCAGCCCCCUGGCCCAUGGGCACCCAACCUCCACUUGCGACGCUUGGUGUUAAAUACUAUUAAAUCAUAUUUAAUGUAGUUAACGACCAGGAGCUAUGGUCCCGGUGUUUUUGGCAUUCUUUGGUAGCGCGUUGGUCAUCUGUAGCGUUGUGCGUGACUAUGUUUGCGUUUGUAGCGUUUACCAUUGUUCGUGAGCUGGAGGGCAGAUUCCUGUCCAGCGGUAUGUCGCUUUGGCGCAUGCGGAGGCCACGUGCCUACGUUGGGUUUGCGUUGUACUCGAAGCUUUGUUAGCGUGGCGUGGCGUUCCAGUAGCGUAGCGUUUCUCUUGGUUCCCCUCCCUCCCUCCGCUUUCUUUCUUAUUUAUUUAGUUAUUUAUUUUUUUUCAGGGGUUGGUUCAUUUUACUUCCACUGGGCUUCUGGCCUCAGUGUGACGGGUGCUAUAAUGGGGGGCUGGGCGCGGGGGGGCUCGUGGCUGGGUUGCAGGUUGGUAGGCCUGUGGGUGUUCUUCCGCCUUGGGGUGUAUUGCGGUUGCAGCCCCCUGGCCCAUGGGCACCCAACCUCCACUUGCGACGCAGGCGUUAAAUAUAUGGUGUAGCUGGUAGUGAUAACACACAUUGAUUGAUUGAUUGAGAAAAUGAUUUGCCUGAUAAUUGGCAAUAAUUUUGGGAAAAACAAAUCUUUAUUGUAGUAGUGGUGGGGGUACCCUCUCCUUAUUUAAGGCCAAAACUAAGCCCCUUGAGGGCAUAAUGAUUAUUUUUUGUUAGCUUGUCUUUAAAUAAAUAAAUUCAUAGACUUUAUUUGGAUAAGAGACUCGUUGGACCAUCAAUCAAGAAGUAAUUAGUAUAUUAUUAGCAAAACUGAGAAAUAAUUAUUAAAUUUCUUAUUAGUGUAACUGAAUAGGCUUUAAAUUAAUAAGUGUUAUGGUUGUUUUUUUGUCUUGUAACACUUAAAUAUGUAAGGCCAUAACAUUAUUUUUUAAUGUUGCUUUGUAGAAGCUGUGACUGGAAUUGUUGGAAGAGCAGACAUUGGAGCUUGUUUGUUUUUUAUUGCAUCUUUAUUGGCUUAUAUCAGAUCUCAAAAAACUUCUAUGCAAAUUUCUCCUUUUGGCUGGAGUAACAUAAGAUGGCAUUGGUUGCUGUGUAGUUUAGUGUUCUCUGUUGCAAGCAUGCUGAGCAAAGAGCAAGGAAUCACAGUUUUAGGAGUAUGUGCUGUGUAUGAGAUCCUGUUCCUCAUCAGCAACAAGAAGAAAAAACAGAAUCUUUCUGAGUUAUUGUAUCAGGCAAGUAUCACUUUCACAAUUUGCUAAACUUGCGUUUAAAGGCCUUUUUAGCUCUGCACUGUGUUACAUAAGAAGCUGGCUUCUGAUAUUUUGCAGUAUUUUUGUGGAAUUUUGCACACUGUUAUUACAGCUGUAUGUUGGUUUUAUUAUUGAUAUCAAAUAGUGUCCAAUCAUGUAAUUAAUGAGAAAUCUUAUAAAUAAUUGAAAAAUAUACUGUUUCUUGACAAAUAGCAAACUUACACUGUAUGGGUUUUUAAGUAUAAUUGAAACAAUGUAUACACAGCACGUAAAACUUGAAUCCAAUUAUUACACUCUGAAUAUAAUGACAAUACUUGUCCCUAUAUUCAAUAUAACAACAUCAGCAAGUUUAUAGGCUGAUUUUGGUGUUCUAAGGGAAAGUUCAUUUAAUAUGACAAGGGGGGGGGGGGAUGAAGAUAUUGAAACUCGAAGCUUGAAAUUUUUAGCAGCCCCCCUCGCUAGCGGUUCAAUUUUUUAGGAGCCCCCUCCUUGGUAGUCGAAAAAAUUUCGGAGCCCCCCCCCUCCUCCUUCAAUUCCUUUGCUCCCCUGAAAAAAGAUCGCUAGACUGUAUUAAAUAUAUUUACCGUUAUUGUCUUCAAUGGUUUAUACUAUGACAAACUUGAGAUACAGUUGUGAUACAAUUUUCUAAAGCAUUUUUGGGAUGAACAAGAGUGUAAUAAUUACUGAGACUACAUUUGUUAUAUCUGUAAACCACGUGAUAUAGCUGAGUUGCACGGGUCAUUAAAUUGUUGAGUUGAAAACCAUCCGAUCUGUAUGAUGAUGUCAUGUGUUGGUUUUGAAGUAUACAAAUUUUCGAAGCCCCCCCUCCUAGCGCAACAAUUUUUUCAGAGCCCCCCCUUCGGGUGUCUAAAAAUUUUCGGAGCCCCCCCUCAAUAUCUUCAUCCCCCCUGCCUUGUCAUAUUAAAUGAACUUUCCCUAAAUUUUAAAUCUUAGAGAUACCUCAGUUUGAACUGCAUAUCAUCAGAUCUCUUUUUGCUGACCUGAGAAAUUGGCAUAAACGUUUCAUUUGAAUUAAGCUUUUUGUAUUCUGUUGAUUACAUAAAAUUAAAACAGUACACAUAUACAUUUAAACUACACAAGUUUCUUCUAUAAUUCCCUAAGUAAAGUCAAUAAUUAUGGUACAUCAAAUAAUUUGCUCAACGAAGUAAUAGUUACAGUAGUUCUAUUUUGUCUUAAUUGCAGGCUCUUCAGAGUGGUUGUGCUUUGCGUCUUUUGUCAGUAUUUAUUACUGGAGUCGGACUUUUAUCUAUGCGACUGUCAAUCAUGGGGAAGCAAGCUCCAGAGUUUUCUCCGUCCGAUAAUCCUGCUGCCAACUGUGAAAGCAGCCUGACAAGAUUUUUAACUUUCUUAUUUUUACCAGCAUUUAAUUUUUGGCUGCUCCUUUCUCCCAGAGUACUCAGUUUUGAUUGGUCAAUGGAUGCAAUACCCCUUUUGGAAUCCUUUCUAGAUCCACGCUGUUUGGUAAUUGUGCUGUUUUAUGGAUUUUUUGCAUUUUUGGGAUUUUAUUCUCUAAUCAAAUGUUUUCAUUGCUGUGAAACAAGUGUGGAAAGGAACAUUGACAACAAAAAAUAUGUGUCCAAAGAAAAAUUUUAUACAGGUCAUAGAAAAGACCAAAUGUUUAGGAAUGGAAAGAAGCAUGUAAAUGGAGCCACAGAUACUGAAACAGUCUCACUGAGUCAUGGUCAUUGUAUUCAUCUUAACAAUAAUUUACCAAUGAGAACAUUCAAUGUUGGCAGUAUAAAUUGUUUGCUCCAAACAGUGCUUUUGUCUCUUGCAAUAUUAACACUUCCUUUCUUGCCAGCCAGUAACCUAUUUUUCUAUGUGGGGUUUGUAGUAGCAGAGAGAAUUCUGUACAUUCCAAGUGUUGGGUAUUGUUUGUUAAUAGCAGUUGGAGCUGAUAUAAUCUGUAAGGUGUGUAAUGUAAAGCAGCGCAAGUUCUUUAUUGGCUUCUUAAUGGGCAUGUUGGUACUACUCUGUGCAAAAGCUGUUCAAAGGAACAUGGACUGGCAAAAUGAAGAAGCUUUGUACAGGUAUUAAAACCUUUGAUGAUGGGAUUAACCUCCUCUGCUUAUUAAGGAUGAGUAUGCAUUUAUCAUGUACAUCGGUUAAUGUAUGUGUAUGUCUACAAGUGGAAUUAAAGUAACGUACCAGUAGAUGUACCGUAUUACAGAUGUAAGGGGUUGCUUUUGAGGUUAUUGAGGCAGAUUGGGAUAUGAAUACAGUAACAAUGUGUCAGUAUCCCAGAUAACUUUUUUCUCCUAUUAUAUUGUUAGUGGUAAUUUUGCGAACUUAGCUUCACAUCUGUAAGUGUCAGCACCUGGCUAUUAUUGUCCUCUUUAAUGUUGUCCCUUAAAAUUCAUGUCAUCUUUCAUGAUCUUUACACCUGACAGCCCUUAGUUUUAUAGGCAACAAUUUUUUUUAGAAAUGCAGGGAAAAGGUUAGGUUAGGUUAUGUUAGGUCCGUUAUAAGUUGUUGCUGUACUAACAGUUGUGUUAUUAAUUUUUGUUUCUUUCCCGACUUUAACAGAUCUGGAAUCUCUGUAAAUCCUCCUAAAGGUAACAUCUCAUUUUCAAUUCUGUUGAUUUAUUACCUCUUUUAUUGAAAGUUUAACAGCUCCUUUAACAGGAGUAAAUUAUUGUUUUUAUGAAGAGUCACACAGCUGAUCAAUAUUAGUUCUGAUGAAAAAGCUAGUCAUUUUUUAAGUGUUUCUAAUUUGCCUGUAAUUUGAGGACAAUAUAUAAGAGGCUUCAAAAGGAAUAUUUAUGAUUUCACUUGAAAUGAGUAAAAGACAAGUUAUUGUGGAAGUUAAUUCCUGAGGCCUAAUUUAUUGAUCUCAAAAAUUAAUUUACCUUUAAGAGUUUACAAAAGGUGAGAGUAUAAUCUCAUCAAAUGGCUAAUUUGUGGUUCAUUAGACAAGAAUAUUUUGCCAUUGGAUAAGCCGUUGGCAAACAAGUAUUUACCACACUACAAUUCAAAGACAGGUACCUCAACUAGAGAGCUGUUAUCUAUUUUGUAAGGGCUUAAGGCUGUCAAAAGAACUUCACUUUCCACCUUCUACUUUCAGGAAGGUGAAACUAUUUUCUUUUGUGUUUCUCAGCAUGGUCAAACCUAGGAAAUGUACUGAGUUCUCAAAACAGAAAACCAGAGGCAGAAGAUGCUUACAAGAAAGCACUCUCUUACCGGUCCAAUAUGGCUGACACCCACUAUAACUUGUAAGUGUACUGUACACACUUGCAUAUGAAGUGCUCACCAUUUGCAUAAAGUUCUUGUUUCAAGUUUCCUAUCAGGGUCCAGUGCAUUAUUGAGAUCCUGGCAAGCUGUGAAAACAGUUCCGGAAAACCUGUGAAUAUUAGAAAAUAUUGAAAAACAUGGCAUAUGGGAUCUUCGCAUUAAAAUAAAUUAUAUAUUCAUACUCUUUUAGGCAAAUGCAUGGCUGCAUCAGUGUGUGGCUAACUGUGUAGAAUUUCAGGCCACCAAUUUGCCUCUUUUUUCAAUUGUCUCAUGUCAUCCUGGCUAUGUCAUGCGAUUGUAUGAUGCAAAAAUGAAUGAAUGAACCAGGUAUAUUCUGAUUACCUACUCUUCACUGUUCUGUACAGAAGAAAUGACAUUUUACUUACAGACCACCUAGAUCCACAAACACCAGAAAAACUUGCGGUAGUUUAUUCACCAAAUGUCAAAUGUCCACACAAUUACACCGGGCUGAAUUAUAACCCUGAUGCAAAUUAAAGAGAAUCUUAGGUUCAAAAUUAGCUUGAAAUUUAUGAAUCGUAACAUCUUAGCUUCAGAUAUAAUCAAUUAUUAGUAAUUCUCCUAGAUAAUUUUGCACUCUCCUAUAAAAAUGAUGGGGUUACUUUCCAGGUUUGUUGGGGGGUGGGGGUACUUCUUUAUUUGGCCUAAAAGGGGUACAUGUAUGUGCCACUGAACAGGGUAUAGUUUUCAGGGUCUCAAGUCUUAACUGGGCAUACAAUUUGACUAUGAACGGGGUGUCUUUUUUGAUGGGGAGCAAAAUUGGAAAGAGUGUAAAGGUUAGCAAUGAGCAGUACCACCAUUUUUUCCCCUAAAAAAUCUUAUUUCUUGACCCAAUUCUGUAUGUGAAAUGAAAUGAGUCACGCUCACCAAAUAAGGCUCUUACAGGGUAGCAAAAUGAGCAGUUUUUGUCUUAAAUAAACACCUCUACCCAAAAUUCCUUUGAGGGAAUACCCAUGGGAUAAAUCUUGGAGAAAAAUGUGAGAUUUGGACUUUUGAAAAAUAUCCUGUCUUAAUACAAAUCAGUUUAUGUAUAGUUAACCAAUCCAAUGUUUGUUUCAGGGGAAUUCUUUUAGCAGAAGAGCAGCGAUAUAGUGAAGCAGUUCGUAGUUAUGAAAAUGCCAUCCAUUUCAGACCUAGAUUAGCUGGUGAGAAAUUUGCUAUAGUGUUUAUUCAAAUGUUGUGAUCAUUGCCCUAAAAAUAGAAAUGAUAUGGUUUUUAGGAGGUUUGAGUUUAGGUUCUUUAUGGCAUGACUUUUUUACAGUGGAACCAUGAUGUGCUAAAGGGCCAUAGGACUGGCAAAAUAAUCAUGUUUACUACAGCAGGAUCUCAUUGAGGUUCUUUCCUAUAUAUUUAUUAUUGCUGGGUUGAAAACUAGUUAUUGUUCAUUACACCAAAUUAUAGGCGUUUGUUAUUUCAAGAUUCUGCAGCUCUCUAUUGUUUUGAUUUCAUAGCUGCCCAUCUUAAUUUGGGGAUUGUGCUGUCAGAUAUGGGCCUUAAAGAGCAAGCUGUCCAGGUAGAUAUGUAUGAUAUGUUUUGUUGUUUGUAGUGUUGCUUGAAAACAAAGACCCCUAAGACCCCCUACCAAAUGACUUUCUUAGGGGUCCUGUUGUUAUAUUUUUAAUUUUUUUUUUUUCUCUGUCUGAUUUUCACCAGGACAUGUAGAUUCACCUUUUCUCUUGCUUUUCAUCUUGACAGCUGUUUACAAGAAUGAUAAUGAACUUAUUGGUUAAAAUGAUUGCUAAUGAGAUUUGUUCGUGUUUGUUUGUUUUUAGUAAUUGGCAUUGUUCAACUCUGUCCGUAUAAAUCUCAGUCUGAAUCAGUCAAUUUCAUGCUAACCAGCUGAGAUCAGGCCAAAAUUUAGCAGCUUCCAUAAAUUCCCUCCUACGUGGCUGAGCUAGAACUUCAUACACAAAAUGAAACAAAGAUAGCUCUAGCCUGAUCCCAGGUUAAUUUCAUGCAGUAAUCGGGGAAAAAAAAUUACGUUACUGCUGCUUUUAAGAUUUUUAGGAAUGCAUCAACUAUAAGUGGACAUGGACUGAAGGACCCUAAACAUCAUUCACAUUCAAGUAAGUGACUGCAUGGUUUGUAUAAGUUAAGUUAUCUUGUUUAGCAAUGUGUUAAAAACUAAGAAAGAAAGGUCAGGAAUUUUAAGUGUAAUAAAAUUUGGGGGGGGGGGAGGGGGGAUACUCCAUCAUUUCACCUAAACAGAUAUGUGCUGCUAAACAGGGAAUGGUUUAAAUCAGGGUUGUGAGUCUUAAACUGGGUCUACAGCCAGUUUCACUAUUUGGCAUCUUUAACAGGGUGUGUUCUAAGCUGCAGAUAAGACGGGUUAGUGGUCUACAUGGCACCCAAAAAUUUUUCCAAGAAAUUCAGUUCCAUGAUAUUAGUUUGGAAAUUACCUAAGUCAGUAUGUUAUUGCCUCGCCUCUCUUUCUUUAUUCUGGGAUGAGAAUAUUUCGUAGUUACAUAUCCUUACUUGCAUACUUUUUAUGUGUUUUAGUUACAUCAAUUAAGUACAACCUUGGAAGAAUCUUGGCAGAGCUUGGAAAACUAGAGGUUAGUGACUUAGCUCAGCUGAACACACCAUUUCUAUUAUGGCUGUAGGUAUACAAUACAAUCAUACUUAAGUUUUUUUGGGCACUUUGCUGCUCUAGACUGAAAAUAAUAUCUGUAAAAUACAAACAUAAACAGUAGGACAAUUUACAGUUUUGUUUGUCACAAGGAAGUGUUAGUUUUCUUGUUACGUAAACAAGACAGGUAAAAUUGAACCAUUAAUACUCUUUAAGGAAAAGUCCAAAAACUUCUUCUCUUUAUUUUAUCAUUAAUUUUUCUUAUUAAUUGUCAGUAAGUGUUGCUGGGUUUAUCAGCAAUAUUGUUAAGAUUAAACUUUACAGUUUUAGUCAUUCCACAUAUAUAUGUAUUUCUCCAUUAAUUAUUGUCAUUGGCUGUUUUUAAUGACCCUGGCAAAUUCUCCAUAGUGAGCUAAAACAGUCCAGAUUUGGAAGAUUUACAUAAAUGAUUCAACCCGUAAUUUACAUAUUAUUGUUUGAUUGAUGUCAAUGGUAUGGUAAGGAGUGUUGCAGACAGUAGAAGCUUGGAAGGGUGUAAUAGCUACUAGAGAGUGCAAAAAAGAGCCUGCAUGAAGAUUUGAAAUGAAUGGCAAAGAUGAAGAAAGCAAAUUAAUAAGUGAUUGUAAAAGAUAAGAUAGUACAGUUGAACCUCCAUUCAGCAGCCACCUAUGAAGCAGCCAGUAAUCAAAGUCCCAAAAUAAUUCUAGAAACGAAUGGGAAAUAAAAACUCUAUUAAGCGGCCACCUCUGUUAGGCGACUGCGGCCAUCUUUUGGUGAUCUCUAUGAGAGUUUUCCCAUUGUUGCCAUGAACCUCUGUGAAGUAGCCAGCAAGCACUUGACAGACUCAGUUGGCUUUACUUUACAAAUAUGAUGAAGGAAAACAGUCUGAGAUAGAGGGUGACGACCAAUUUUGGACCAAGAAUGCUUCCCCGGUUGCAUUUUUGUUUUAAAAUAAAGUGAUGUUUCUGCUAAGGAAUAUGCUAAUUCAUGACCUGGUUUAUGACAAACCUCUAUUGAGUGGCCAACCUCCAUUAAACGGCCAUUUGCUGGUAUCCCAACGGUGGCCGCUUAUUGGAGGUUCAACUCAAAGGGUGUUGACUGCAAUUCAGAUAACAUCUACAAGAGUACAUAAACAAUUCUGUUUGUGUUAGAAAACUGCCUAGAAACUGGCAAGCAUUUCUUAGAAAGAAUUUGUUUUAUUUUAUAUGGAGUUAAGAUUUUUUUGGUGAUUUUUAAAGAAUGACAACAUGAAUUUUAAAUUUGGCAAAUGCAGAUCUCAGAGGCGAAAGUGCCUUAGCCUUUUACUUUGACAGGUAACUCACUCUUUGAACUGCAUAAUUUUUUGUCUUAUUGGAAGUAAUAUAUCGAGCAUGAGACACAGUGUUUCGUCACCAGAUGAAACACUGAGAAGAGAGUUGAAAAUACGAGGUGCAGUGGAAUAUUUUUGAUGAACUUUUAGGUGUUUCAUCAGGUGAUGAAACACUGUGUCGAAUGCUUGAUAUUACUUCUCAAACAAAAUGAUUUUAGAGGGAGAAAUUUAGGAUGCAAAAAUGAGCAGUUUUUCAUCUGAUUUCCAAACACUUAUAAAACAUUAAUUUCCUUCGUAUUCUCUUCAUGAAUUAUUAAGGAUUUUGAGAAGUGCUUUCAGAAAACUCAGAGCCACACUGAUCAACUUCAUGUGGACAUGUUAUAAGACUGUCAAAAACAUGGACUUGACUUCUGCUUUUUUUUAAUACCAGGAAGCCAUCAGUGUUUACCUGGAUGCAGUGGAGACCAGACCACCUCAUUAUGAACCUCACAGCUUGUUUAAUAUGAUAGGUGGGUUGGCACAUCUCAUAUGGCAUUUUGCUAUGCAUUUGUAUGAACAAUAAAUUUAUCUGUGCUAAAUUCAUAACAGUUUGCAUUAGUUCAAAACUUUUUUGCAGAAAAAAUUGAAAGAGGGUUAAAAUUGAUCUCUUCCAAGAAUCAAUCUUCAAUCAUAACCCAGGUUUUCUUACACAAUAAUUUAUUGUGGUAGCAGCUUUGUUAUGAGUGAUAUCCAGAAAAUAUCGAUAAUUUACCAUGGGUGGCGUCUCUGAAUUCCUUGGGCAGUAAGGGGGUACAUUGGUCUAGAAUUCUGAGGGCAUGGGGUGGGGGGGGGUGCCAUAUGGCUGACCCUAAAUCUUAAAAAUUGGGGUGGGUGGUUGAAGGUUUAGCCCUUCACUUCCACAUGGUGCAAAGUAGGGAUUAUGUUAAAGAUUUCAACAAAUAUGUUUAGAAAUGUGUGUGGUUAGAUAGGAAACAAGGGUCAAAAUUUUUGUGUAAGAAUGCUUCUGCUUUAAUUUCUUUGUGAUUGUAAAUCUGGCUAGUGUACUCACUAUCCGUCAGCUUUUAGAUAAUAAGUAAAUGGCUCAGUGCUCUUUAAUUUGCAAUAGAAUACAUACCAGAAGAAGUUUACCAAAACAAAGAGAAGGCGGUUACUCUCUGUCCUUGAUAGUCAAUCUAGGGCUUUGGCACCAAGUUUUCGUAGUAAAACAGUGUUGGUAUUUAUGAUAACCUGGCAAUGUUACACUUUCACUUUUAACUUAGGUGAGGCAUACUCUGCAGCAGGAAAUAAUGUAGAGGCAGAAAACUGGUACAAAGCAUCACUGAAGAGCAAACCAGAUCACAUGGCUGUGCAUCUUACGUAUGCCAAACAUCUGGCCAAAAUAGUAAGUACAUGAUCGGUCUUAAUAUCCAUUUUAUGUACUAGCAAAUUUUUUAGUUACUGUCCCGGCGAUCUAUCAAGGGAUGACAGCCUCAACAAAUUAAUAUAAGACUUUAGAUAGAACAGUAAUUUCUCUAGGCCAUGUAGCUAAUGUGCUGGAUUUUUUAAUUCUUUGUAAAUCUUCACCACAUUUCUUCCUUUUUUCUACUUUCACAUGUCUACUUUGGGGAGCAAGGGUGGCGCAGUGGUGAGAGCGCUCGCCUCCCACCAACGUGGCCCGGGUUCAAAUCCUGGCGUCUAUGCCAUAUGUGGGUUGAGUUUGCUGUUGGUUCUCUCCUUUGCUCCGAGAGGUUUUUCUCCGGGUACUCUGGUUUUACCCCUCUCCUCAAAAACCAACAUUUUCAAAUUCCAAUUCGACCAGGAAUCAGGUAGACUUAGAACCACUAUGUGGAUGUGCUACCUGCAAAUCGUUAUUUAUUUAUUUAUUUUUAUUUUACUUAGUUGACAGGGUUCUGGGAGGUUGGGAGGGCAGGGGGUGGGGUGCUGUGGGAUGUUACAGGCUCAACUGUGGAACUGGAACUAUUCUUAGGAUCCUGAAAUAAUUUGGGAAAGAAGGUACUACCUUUGUCUUGCAAGUUUCUAGAGACCCUUAGUGGCUCAAAUGAACAUAUAGAAAUGGUAGGCUGCCUGUCUCUAGCGGAAGAUACAUGAAAAAGUAAUACGAAAAUAUUAUCCUCAAUAAUUAAUACAUCAAUACUGCUGAGAUUUUCAGUUUUCCAUAAAUUUUAUGUAGCCAUUCAUUUCAAAAAUUACCUGUACUUGAUAUAUAACAGAGACUGUGUCUCAAUAGGGAAAGGUUGCUGAGGCAGAAUCAUGGUUUAAAAAAGCACAGAAAUUGGAUGAAAAUGAUCAUGCUGCAUGGACACACUAUGGUAGGCUUAAUGUUUCGUUUAGUCAACAUUUUGACAGGCAUUUGAAGAGAUUUCUCGUGUAUGUUGACCGCAAUUCCCACAUAAAACCUGUAAAAGUAUUAAUUUUAGCAGUUCUCAUAUCUUAGAGACCUCUCCUAAAACUGGAAGGUUAAAGUAUAAUUUGCUCAGAAUAAGACUUUUCUUUUUGCACUACUAAGGUAUGAACGUAGGUCCAUACCAUACACUACUUUACACUCUUAACAUAUUUAUAUUCUUCCUCUUCCAGUUCGAAUAUAUGAUAUAACUGGCAUAUACAUGUAUUCAUUAUUUCAGACUCACCCAUUUGAUAGGUUUAUAACAAACCAAAGGAAUGAACGCUCCCAGUUAGUUUUUUCAGCUUAAUUGGUUCAAGCUCUGCACCAGAAGUGCAGUCAGGCAGAGGUCAAGGGUUCUAACCCCUUACAAGCUUGAAUUUUUUCAAUUUUUUUGCAACUGCCAAAGUUGCAAUAAAAAAUAACUGCUAUGAUCUUUACUUUUGAAAGUAGCUCUGACAUUUCGAAUGCUAACCCUUUGUCGGAGCUAAUCAUUUGCCAGGAACAAGGGUUCUUUACGGUGUCAAAUUUACUUCAUCAAAUAACUCAGUUGAUGAAACCAAAUUUCAGCAUUUUACUCCUAACCAAAGCAGCACGGCAGUUCCUGGUGAAAGUAACCCACCUUACAACAAUUGUCUUUGUCAAUAGGUUGAUAGUGUACUAAAUUUGUAAUGUAAUUGCUCACCUUAGAAAAUCAUUGUGUGACGUUUUGUUGUUUUAUUUCUCUCAGGUCAGUUUCUGUCUGAUCAAAAUCGAGUGGAUGAGGCCGCUAAGAUGUUUACAAAGGCCAUGCAGUUAGCUCCUAAUGACUUUGACAUUGCUUUCACAGCUGCUGGAUAUCUCAGGUAACAGACUGGACUCAUUUUCAUUUUGUUUACCCACUGCUAAUCAAUAGGUGUGUGGUGAAAGGUGACAUUCAUGUCCUGCCCAUGACUCGCGAGUGGACUGAGCAAGUUAUUAGUGCUACUAACCAUGAAGUAACUAGGUUAGUAACAAGAAUCAUUCCCCCAUACAAUGUUGGUCAUUUUUUUCUGCACACUGUUGGGAAAUUCUUUAGUGUAGCGACCACUCUUCGAAAAACUACCAUUGCAAAACCAUGGCAUAUUGCAUAUGCAGCAACUUCUAAAAACCCUCGGAGAAGUCUCCCUUCGCCAGUAACCGCCCAUACGCAUGAGGCGCGUGGUUCACAAUUAUUUAUACUAGGAGCCCCUUUAUACUGCUGUGGUUCUCCCCAGUGCAUUAGACCAGGGAUGAAUAUUUGAAAGGACGAGUGGUGCCAAUCAAUAGUAAUCCAGGUUUAGUCGCCGUAACAGCUCAAGCUAACGUAGGAUUAGGGGUCUUGAAGUCAAGAAAUGUGUUUGUCGGUGAGGGACGAGGACCUGCUUCCAAACGUUUUGUGUUUUUUUUUUUCUCUUAUCUCACGUUCAUAGACAAAUUGGCGACAACAACAGGGCAGAGGAUUGUUACAAGAUCGCUUCUAAAUUGAAACCACAGGUACGUUUAUCGAGAUAAUAAAGCUUGAAUGGAGACGCUGUGUGGUAUUGAUAGCAAUACAGGUUUCAGUAAUACAGUAAUUGUUUUACAGAGGCGGGCUGACGUCUUUACUGUUCUUUUAUGAUACUCUUUAUGAGUUAAAAAUAUCUAAGACUUGAGUUGAAGAAAUGCAAUGUGUAUAUAAGUAGGUAAUAACUUACCAACAUUAGGCAAAACCUAGCUUGGGCGAUGCAUAUUUAAUUCGUUCACAGAAUCCUGUAGCACAUAUGAAUCUUGGAGCCAUGUUACACAUGCAAGGGAAACUUGAUGAAGCGGAGAAGAGCUACAUGAAAGCACUUGAGCUUCGUCCAGGGGACCAGCUAACGGAAGAGAAUCUACGCAAGCUGCGGUCUUUAAAAGCAAAACGAAAUACGAAAGUUAAUAUCGCUUGAGAACGUGAACAAUUUCUCUAAUUUGAUAAUCGUAUUAUUGUGUUGUAAGAAAUCCAUAGUCCACCUUAAAACGGUCCUUCCCUUCAAUAUAGUUACGUCCUAUUGACUUUUAAGAUCUUGUUUUCCCCAGCACUCACAAUUUCCAAAAGACAACUUCUACUGAAGUUGCAUAUUAAGCCCUCCACAACCCCCCUCCCCCCCCACACACACACCCCCACAAAGUAUUGUGUACAAAACGUAAGGUAUAACCUUAAAGGUGGCUCCGUAAUUAAUACAAGAGC